AUUAAAAAAACGUUCAAACUAUUAAUAACUAAAAAAAUAAAUCAUGGAACGUUGGCAAAAUAAAGUGGCAGUAGUUACAGGAGCCAGUUCAGGUAUAGGAGCUGCUAUUGUUAGAGAUCUCGUCAAAAACGGUUUACAAGUUGUGGGUCUGGCUCGAAGAGUUGAGAGAGUAAACGAUAUAAAACAACAAUUGCCCGUAAAUUUACAAUCCAAACUAACGGCUUUACAAUGUGAUGUAUCCAGUUGGAAAUCGGUUAAUAAAGCUUUCGAUCAAAUCAUCUCCCUUUAUGGUGGAGUUGAUAUUUUAGUCAAUAAUGCUGGCUGCAUGAGUAAGGGAAAAUUAUCUACAGGAAAUCCUGAAGAAAUACAAAAAGUUUUACAAACCAAUGUUAUGGGUGUAGUAUAUUGCACCCAGAGAGCUUUUAAAUCAAUGAAGGAACGCAAUUUUGAUGGUCAUGUUAUAUUGCUUAAUAGUAUAUCGGGACAUCGUGUUAGAUGUUUACCCAAUUACUUACCCGACAAUAAUAUAUAUGCACCUUCUAAGUUUGCCAUCACAGCCAUAACAGAAAUUUACAGGCAGGAAUUUAAGGGAUUGGGUACUAGAAUAAAAAUAACUAGCAUAAGUCCUGGUGCUACUGAAACUGAAAUUAUACCCGAUAGCAUGAAACAUACUGUGGCAGCUAUGUUAAAACCAGAGGAUAUAGCACAAGGAGUUGUAUACGUGCUCUCCACACCACCUCAUGUUCAAAUACAUGAAAUGACUAUUAAACCAGUUGGGGAAAUGUUUUGAUUUAUAAAUUCCUUACAAAUACAAAAUCAAAUUAUUAUUAUGUUUCCAAUUUGUCAUUAGUUUGUUAAUCGUGGUUCAGUUAACUAUUUUUUAAAUUAAAUAAUAUAGACAAAUAUAAUCUAUUAUUUGAAAAAUAUAUAUUUUAAAAAGUU